AUGAAGGUGGAACAUCAAGGAAUCAACCACAAAGUCAGUUCACUUGGGAAGCAUCUCAGUGAACUGAAACAAAAACAGAGAGAUAUAGAAACAUUCUCGCCAUAUACAUGGAAGGUGACAGACUUCUGGGAAAGAUUCAGAAGAGCAAGAAAUGACAUCGAAGUUCGAAUCGAAAGCGACUCUUUCUACGUUGGUCCACAAGGUUACAAGAUGAAAUUAGCGAUGUAUCCGAACGGAACAAAGGAAGCUAAAAAUGCUCAUAUAUCGCUAUAUAUUGCUCUAAUGAAGGGGCAAUAUGAUGCCAUAUUGCCCUAG